AGUUGAAUUGUGUGGAGGGGUCUCUACCAUUUCUCCCCCCAAGGCAUACACGUAAGGCGCAAGUUAUAACGCUGGCCAUCUACGCAUCUAAACCCAACUUUCUGUCUCUCUCUCUACUCUGACUGAGAAGGAUGCAGGCCAUUACGAGGCAAUUAGGGCACCAAUCUUUGAAGCCCUCAUCUGCGAUUUCUUAUCUCAAAUCCAUCUACCCUCUCUCUCAUCAUUUGAUCUUGGUUGCAGACUAUGGUGCUGAUCAUCCGCGGUACGCAUCUACCCUUACCACCAAAGGUGUGGGACAUCUUGUUCGCAAGGGCACCGGUGGAAGAUCCUCUGUCAGUGGCAUCAUUUCUGCAGUUUUUGGAGCUACUGGGUUUCUUGGGCGCUAUCUUGUGCAACGGCUUGCUAAAAUGGGGUCUCAAGUGUUGGUUCCUUUUCGGGGUUCUGAGGAUUCUCAUCGUCAUCUCAAAUUGAUGGGUGAUUUGGGACAGAUAGUUCCGAUGAAAUACAAUCCAAGAGAUGAAAAUUCAAUCAAGGCUGUAAUGGCAAAGGCUAAUGUUGUCAUUAAUCUUAUUGGAAGGGAAUAUGAGACUCGAAAUUAUAGCUUCGAGGAAGUGAACCACUCUAUGGCUGAACAGCUUGCAGUGAUUGCCAAGGAACAUGGUGGUAUCAUGAGAUUUAUACAUGUUUCUUGCUUAGGGGCAUCUCUGUCAUCUCCAUCCAGAAUGCUAAGAGCAAAAGCUGCUGCUGAGGAAGCUAUCAUGCAAGAAUUACCAGAGGCCACAAUAAUGAGACCUGCAGUAAUGAUUGGUACAGAAGAUCGGGUUUUAAAUAAUUGGGCACAUUUUGCAAAAAACUAUAGCUUCCUUCCACUCAUUGGGGAUGGAUCUACCAAAAUUCAACCUGUAUAUGUUGUUGAUGUUGCAUCUGGAAUUGUUGCGGCCCUAAAAGAUGAUGGCACCAGCAUGGGAAAAGUGUAUGAACUUGGUGGGCCAGACGUGUUCACUGUGCAUCAAUUGGCAGAUCUUAUGUACGACACGAUCCGUGAAUAUCCUCACUUUGUGAAAGUUCCUGUCCCUAUUGCUAAGGCUAUUGCAAUGCCUCGAGAGAUAUUGCUCAAAAAAGUUCCCUUUCCACUGCCCACUCCAGCUAUAUUCAAUCUAGAUCUAAUCAAUGCCCUUACUCAAGAUACAGUUGUGUCACCAGAUGCUUUAACUUUUGAUGCUCUCGGCAUUGUGCCACAUAAGCUGAAGGGAUAUCCUAUUGAGUUCCUUCUCUCAUACCGUAAAGGUGGACCACAAUAUGGUUCUACAGUCAGCGAAAAAGUAUCUACAGAUGCAUACCCAUAAUGGGGUUCUUUGGUUCUUUAGUUUUUGACUUUUCAAAAUUGACACCCAACUGGAAGCUUUGAUGCAGGGAUGCAUACCUCCAUUUGUUUGUACUAGGAAAUUUGCUGGUGCAGAUUUUCUGCCCCUGAGAGAAUGUUUUUUUUAUCUCAACACAUGUGGUUUAAUAAUGCUUUAGAUCUUUGAUCAAUUGGUAUGAUGGUUGGAACCUUAGUUUCAAUAUUUAUGGAUGGGGCUAGCCUUUUGAACCAUAGGUUUCUAAAAGGUGCUUGCUUUCAUUGAGACAAAGCAGAAAAUAAUAAAGAUAUGGAGGGCCCUUUUUCAAUAUGGUUGUAUUAUUUAAGUCGGAGAAUACUAAUUAAACUUGUUCUGGGAAAGAAGCAGGUGAUAUACUUUGCCUGGCUGUUGAGCUUUGGUUUAACUUUUCCCUCGUGUAUAUUCACACCUGGUUUUCAUGUCUCAUUGGAUUGUUGUGUUUGGAA